UUCCGAGUAGUAUUAGUAGAGAACAAGCAAUUGUAGUACUGAAAAAUUAAGUUUUUUUUUUCUUCGCCGCAGAACAGUGCGUGUACAACGGCAGUAAUUGUGACCCUAUAUGUAUAUAUACAUAUGUAUGUAUACGUAUGCAUCAUCUUCGACUAGUAGAAAACGAAAAUUGAGAUAGGACGCGCGUCUGCUAAGCACCUAAAAACGAGAAAGGCAGGCCAUAGGACAGAAACCUCCAUCCUCAUAGUACAAACGUAGAAGACGAAGAAAAAGUUUAAACGAAGCGUUUCUGUCCCGUUGAGCACAUCGUUGUCAAUGCUACUUUAGUCAAAACAUUUAGCGGACGGCAGAUCUGGAGGUCGAGCUUCGCUAACCCACCUGUAGCCUGGAUGACCAUCCCGCUCUUAGACGCUUUUAGUUAGCACCGUGUUAACUGCAAUUUAACAACAACAACAACAACAACAACAGCAACAACAACAACAACAACAACAACAACAACAACAACAAGAGCCACAUCGCCAACAACAUCAACUACUAUGUUGGUUAUUAACUAACAAAUCCUUAUGGACUUCAUCAUUAUUGGUGUGGUUCAGUUCCUUUUGUCCUUAUUAGUCCAACAAACUGUUCCUACAUGAACAGUUUUCUUUUUUCUUUAUACGAAGUGUAACGUGUCUGUCUAUCAGUCUGAAAUAGUACGUACGCCCUCCUCUCGUGACGAGCAAGAACUUCACCGAUAGUUUCAAUCAAGAUGCUCUCAAAUGUAAAGGCGCUCCUCGAGGUUGGCCAUUUGAUCGCACGCUGGGCUGCGUCUAGUGCAUUGUCAACAGCAGAUAGCAACGCCAUAUCAGCAUGCCCCUUCCACGCUUUGUGGGCCAAAAGAAAGCCGGAGAAGGGAAAUCAGGCUGACCUUCCCGGGGUGUCCAACCGUGAAACACAUCCGUUCGAAGAACUGCCAGCACCUCGAGCACUGCCCUUAAUAGGCACCACUCUAGACGUGAUCAGGUUUGGGGGUGCGCCACGCAUCCAUGAGUACUGUGAUCACCGCCAUAAGCAGCUAGGGCCAAUAUAUACUGAGAAGUUAGGGGAUGUCGAAAGUGUUUUCGUCGCCGAUUCCGGACUCAUUCAACAGGUGUACGCCAAUGAGGGCAAGUACCCCCAACACAUGGUGCCGGAGGCUUGGACGAUUUACAAUGAGAAAAAAGGCAUCAAACGCGGCUUAUUCUUCAUGGAAGGACCCGAGUGGCAGGAAUGCAGGAGGGCACUUAACAACGUAUUUCUUCGGCCUAAAACAGUUUCCGAUCAUGUGCCCGUAUUCAACGAGGUGAUUGGAGAUAUGGUGUCCCGUUGGGGCAACAUUUCCGCUGAUAAUAAUGGCUACCUGAAUAAUCUCGAACGUGAACUUUAUACCUGGUCCAUUGAAUCUUUGGGAGCGAUGAUCUUUGGCCGUCGUCUGGGAUGCAUCUCAACGGCUCAGCAUAAUACCGAAACUGAAGCUUCGGUGCGUCCGGAAUCGAUUCACGAAUUUGUGAGUUGUGUACAGCAAAUAUUCGCCGAGUCAGCCAAAAUGACGACAGUUUCACCUAAGUUGGCCAGUGUCCUUCGUUUGCCCAUGUGGAGGAACUUCGAGAGAGCAGCUGGACGUGCGCUUGAAUUAGCACGUCAGCUCGUUGAAGAGAACGUGCACAAAUUGAAUUCGGUUAGCCAUGGCGGUGUCCACACUGAAGCUGGAUCUUCGUUGAUCGCGCAGCUUAUAGAAUCAAAUAUCUCCGCUGAAGAACUUGUCAGUAUCGUCGCCGAUCUCUUUCUUGCCGCAGCGGACACGACCUCGCACGCGACACAGUGGGCCUUUUACCUGUUGUCAUGGCAUCCGGAAGCGCAGCAGAAGUUGCUGAAGGAAGUGCAAAAUGCUGUUGGCAAGGGGCAAACCGACAUUCCUGAGGAGGCGCUCGUGAACAUGCCGUACGUCAAGGCCGUCAUCAAGGAGACCCUGCGACUUUAUCCAGUAGCGCCAUUUCUCACGCGAAUUCUGGAUCGCGACUUCACCCUGAACGGCUAUAGAAUCCCAGCCGGCAAAUAUAUUCUUAUGUCGCUUUAUACGAUGGGGCGUGAUCCGAAAAACUUCUCUAAUCCUCAAGCAUUCUGUCCGGAACGUUGGCUACGUGAGAACAGAGCCGAAUCUCAGGCUAAUUCGUGGGCCUGUUUGCCGUUUGGGCUGGGCUCACGUUCCUGUAUCGGUCGCCGAGUAGCCGAAAUUCAGAUGCAGUUCCUUCUCACGCGAACCGUUCAGCGUUUCGAAAUAGCACCAGGCCAGGAAGCCAAGGUCGGUAUUAAAAUGCGCUUAAUCACGACACCCGAAAAUCCGAUCUCACUGAAGCUAACAUCCCGCGAAUGACCCCGUUGACUGCAAAAUUAGUGAAUCAGCUUAAUGUGAAGAACAUGUUGACUAGGGACUUAGGAGCUACUUCCGUCUGGUCAGGAAGUUUGCCUCGCAGUUGUGAAGGCUUCAUCAAAACGCCGUCGGUUUUGGUAGAUGAGACCAACAAGAUUCGACGGCGGAGAGACAGUCUUUGAAAGUCAGGCGUAUUAUUGCCUUUGCCAGAAAUCUCCGCCUUAGUGAUCUACUAUAUCUCGGGAGACGGGACUACAUCUUGCCCACACUUGUCCUUUGACUAGCCCGCACUGAAUCGAGCAUCGUUCCCCGUUCCUCGGCGCAACAAAGCCUCUCUAUAGAUUGAGCCCUAGCUCGUUCAUUCUUUUGUGCCCCAUACAGCCUGAACAAGCCACUCGAAGCCUUCUGUCGAGCCUGCCCCUGCAAUCACUUGAAAAUGACGAGCAACCUGAGUAUCUGAUCCAACUUUCAGAGCAACUCUACUUCGAGUCGCGUCCUCAAAGGGUCUCUCAGUUCGUCAAAAUCGCCAAGACGGCGACCACGAGCAGGACCCUUUUCGAUGCUACCAUCUUACAUCUACAUCUGAGCCUAGAAUUAAUCACUUCAUCAAUCUGGAUGAAUCCUUGGCCAGAUCAGACGUCUUUGGCCGUCAGCCGCAGCAGCAGCAGCACCGCCCACCCUGACACAAAGGGCAUGUGACAAUAACAUUCGUUAGGUGAACGUUACUUCGUGCUCACUGACGGGGUACAAAAGCCUGGUAAAGUGUCGCGAGCAUCGUGAAGUCUCCUCCAUUUCCGCAAACGAAGGCGGACAAUGUUAGUUUGCGUCUUACAUCGCCCCUAAAUAACAACUGAUCUCGACCGGCAACGGCCGCAGUCCCCAUUGCUGUUGACGGAUUCGGAUACGCUUUAUUCCCUUUUCAUAGCUAUUAUAUUAGAUCGCGUCAUUUCAUUACCUAUCUAAACUGUCCCUGUUAGAAAUUAUCAUCUAGCUAGGAAACAUCAUCCCUCGUCAACUUUUCGCUGAUGUCUGCAGUUUACUUCGGAUUCAACUUUAAAUCCUUAUACUUAGUAGGUUCUAUAUGUAAUUACGUUAGCACAUUUCAUAACUGCUCUUACAAGAUUACAAUGAUAUCAUUAUUACCGAUGAGAAAUUAACGUUAAAAUUCGGGUAGCGAAACUAUAGAAAAUGUUGCUUGACACCGGAGCUAUCAUAUAUGAUUUAUGACAGCACAUAAGAUGCAUACAAAUAUACACGUAAUAUAUUCAAAGCUUCAGAGAAUUUUAGGAUAAAUAAAUACAAAUAAUUAUAUGGUAAUUAUUCUAUAUUUAGAAGAUAUAUAUAUAUAUUUUUUUUUAAACGGUAUGGCAGUAUGGGAAGAAUGCACCAUGGCUGCAUUUGACGACAGAACAAUUAACUGAAUUUCGGUGAUAAUUAUCAUCGAAUUAUACUUGAUAUAGUAUCAUAAUGUUAUGACUAUUUAGUAUACCGCAAAUUCAAUCAAUCGAGCGCGCCUAUUCAGUGUCGUUUGAUUGAAUUGAGACAGUUAUUGCGUGUUCCGAGUGUUUAUUUGUACCGUCUCACCCGACUACUCAUGAUUUGCAUAGGAAAAGCUUAUCAAUGUGAUAUCAUCUAUGGCAAAUCCUCCAUUCGAGAGCGUUCGGCCAAAUACUACGAGAACAGAUCAUGUGUUUUGUGUCUUUCUAAUAAAAGAUCUAGGUAAAUCACGAGUUCGGGUUUUGACUGCUGUUUUUAUGUCGUCGUUAUGUCGUCAAGACGUCCUAGUCGUAAUGUAGGAAGUGAACUAUUGCUAUAAUUAUUAUUAUUCCCUGUAUUGUAUUUGUGUUGUUUGUAGAACACGACCUAUACAUAUACAUUGAAACAGAACAGAAAAAAGGUUAAAGGCUCACAUUUAAUGAUCUAGUAAAUGCAUUGAAAAUAUAUUUAGUAGUUUUUAGUAAUUUCUAAUUUUAAACUAAUUAUUAAAACAAUGAAUAGCA